UGGAAGAAGAAAGAAGGAAACAGAAGAACCAAAGGUUAAAGAUGGACAACCUAAAGGUCAAAACAGGUGAUGAAGCAUGAAGGGUCGGUUGGGAGAGAACAGCAAGAAAUUGCUGAGCGUUUUCUCAGUGGUGCCCAAAGCUUAUAGGCACUUCUUAGAGACGACAUAGCGGCUGUCCAAGAAGGGUCCGAUCAAAACCAUUCUUCUCUUCCUCCUCGUCUCCUCCCUUGUUGCUACUUGGUGGACCAACACUACAUCAACUCUACAAGUCGACGUAGCCGCUUUCCUCGCCGGAGAAGACAGAGAUCGGAGAGAUUCUGUUUGUUUUAUCACAACGGAGAGAAGGGUAUUAUGGGUAUUAAAAAGAUGGCAUGAUUUAACGGACCAAACCUCAAAGUUCACUAACGGUGUUACGUUUAAGGGGAGAAAAGGUAAUAAAUGAAACUUCAGGGGAAUGUGACAUUGGACCAAACAUCAGCGUAGGAACUAGGAAACCGAAGGUAAAAGACGUGAGAGGUGAUAGAACGCUGCCAAUCUGGCGUAGGAAACACCAAGAGCUCUCUCUCAAGUCUCACGACUCUCACCAUCUUUCGAUCGAAUCUUCCAUUUUGUUUUCUGGAAAGCAUGAUCUGUUGGGUUGGCUUCAGCGUUCAAGGAAAGCACCAUCCGGGCUUCAGCUUUUGAGUAUAUUCACUAGGAGGUUGAAGAAGACCAAAGAAGAUAGAUGAGUUACUACUUGCGGUGAGCAAAUCCUGUCAGAAGAAAAGACACCAGCUCCACCACUUUCCUGGGACUUGGCAUCUGGACAAUUGGAGCCAUCUUCCUCUUCCUCCAGGAAAUAGAAAAUGAGGAUGGUGGGUCUAACUGGGGGGAUCGCUUCAGGGAAGAGUACUGUCUCUAAUCUGUUUAAGGCAAAAGGAAUUCCUAUUGUAGAUGCAGACCUUGUAGCUCGUGAUGUGCUGAAGAAAGAUACUGGUGGUUGGAAAAGGGUUGUGGCAGCAUUUGGGGAAGACAUUUUACAAGAGAAUGGAGAAGUUGAUAGGGCACGUUUAGGGCAAAUUGUAUUCGCUGAUCCUGACAAGCGUCAACUUCUUAACCGGUUGUUGGCUCCAUUCAUUUCCUAUGGCAUCUUCUGGGAGGUCUUUAAGUUAUGGAUCAAGGGGUCUAAGGUCAUAGUUCUUGACAUUCCCCUGCUGUUUGAGGCUAAGAUGGAUCGGUGGUCAAAGCCCAUUAUUGUGGUAUGGGUUGAUCCUGAGACACAGCUCCAGCGACUCAUGGCUAGAGAUGGAAUAUCUGAGCAGCAGGCUAGAAACAGGAUCAACGCCCAGAUGUCUCUGGAUCAGAAAAAGACGAAAGCGGACAUAGUGAUAGAUAAUUCAGGGUCACUUGAGGAAAUGAAAGAACAAUUUUCGCAGGUUUUUGCCCAAGUCACUGGACCCUUAACAUGGAGUGAGUCUGGGCUUACCAGAGAUGGUGCAUUGUUGACUCUUGUUUCUGUAGUUGUGGCUGCUGUUGCUUGCUGGAACCUAUUUAACAAUGAUGGGACAAAGCAAUAGUGACAAUCUUCUUUGUAUCAUUAGUGCUUGGGUGGAAUAAAUUGAAACGUCGUUAUUUGACUUA